AUGGCUGACCUAGCCAGUGCGGUGGGCCAAUUUGACAGUAGUAAAAAUGGUAAGACCGACAAACCCCCCUCAGAACUCGCAGAUAACACGAGUAGUGCCAGGAGAGCAAACGCAGACACUAAAGUAAAUAUGAAUACAAAUACAAAUACUAAAGUAAGCACUAGUAUCACAAAGGGGAAUACAGAGGAUGCACACAGUGAUGAGAAAGAUGACAGCACGGUGGUGGUUGAUCCACUAAUCCUCUCAGAGAAGGAACUUAUGUCAAGGCAUCCUCUGCAACACAAAUGGACUCUAUGGCACGAUGAGGGCAAGGGUAACAGGGCCAAAAACACAAAUGUCUGGAUAGGUAGCUUGACCAAGGUUUCCGAGUUUGAUACGGUGGAGAUGUUCUGGGCUACGUAUCAUAAUAUUGUACCUCCGAGCCGACUGGGAGGGGGUAGUAACUACUGGCUGUUCAAGUCGGGGGUGCAGCCCAUGUGGGAGGAUCCUAUGAACGAGCAAGGAGGUAAAUGGUCUUUGGGAAUCCCGUCCUCCAAACGUGAGGAAAAACUGAAUACUUGCUGGCUGGCCACGAUGUUGGGUUUGGUAGGCGAGACUAUGGAGGACCAAGGCGAAGUCAUGGGUGCUGUUGUCUCUAUCCGCAAGAUGACCGAUCGACUAGCCGUGUGGACACAGUGGUCGUCCAAGGACUACGAAGAAACUAUUAAUAGAAUAGGUGAGAGGUUCAAGUCCAUCUGCCAGACGCAACGGCCCGUCUCGGUCAACUUCAAGGCACACAAUGAGGUGUACCAGCAUCACCAACACUUGGAUGCGAAUGCUAAAGAUGGAUCCAGUACUAGUAAGAACAAGGGGAGCUACAAUGGUAACCAUAACAGUAACAGUAACAACAACAGUCACAAUCGACGGACCUCGAAUGCCGAUGGAUCGUGGGGCGGGACGGGAAACAAUAACUACAGCCACAAAUCCGACAAAUCCGACCACAGCCACUCGGGCAACCCGCGAGACAGGAACGACAACAAGAACAAUAACCAUAACAACCACCAACGCCACGGCAGCACAUCCAGCCACACCAACAACAACUACAGCAAACAGGGCAACGUGCUCGGCUCGCGCGUCAGUGACACGGCCGCCGGAAGUAACAGUAGCAACAUUUUCACGAGCAAAGUAAACACACUGUCGAGAAGCCGUACGGGUGGGUCUUCGGGCAGUUCGUCUACACUGAACCGACUCAAUUUGGCCAGCGGCGCUUCAGAGAAAUCGGCUCAGACGACAACUGUCAACCCGCCUUCGAGAGGGAACGCUCGUGCUUGGCAGACACUCAAGAACCCCAAACCCAUUUCGCUCGCCGCAAUCCAGGCCAACGGAGCCGAAUCUAAAUCGAUUCCGGCUGUGCCUGUAACAUCGGCCGGUACUUCUCCGGCCACCCGCAAGAAGACACUCAACGCCACCCUUUCACGUCCCGAGAGCCAGGCGGUCAAUCGCUGGGCCGUGAGGAGAAGUAUCUCGACCAACGCCGUCAGUACACAGCCUAGCCUGCCCAAGACGUGA